AGGAUGCUCCGGGCGCUGGUGGAGGAGCUGGGCGCGCUGCGGGGCGAGCGCGACCGCCUCGCGGAGAUCCCGGCGCCAGGCGCCCGGGUGCGCCCCACGUUCCCCGCGGACGAGCAGCAGCUCGAGGACGAGGAGCUCACGCCGCGGCGCCGCCAGGCGGAGCGGCGGUGCGACUUCCUGGGCCUGCAGGUGCAGGCCCUGCUGAGGCACACCCAGCAGGUGGAGCAGCUGCUGGACGGCUUGCGAGACGACCGGCUGGCCCCGGGUGCGGCGCCAGAGGCGCAGCGGCGCUUCUCCGUGGUCGACAUGCACAAGCGGGCGACCGUGGAGUUCCACGAGCUGGACACCAGUCUGCACACCAUCGAGGUGCAGAAGGCGGACGUGGACCGGGAGCUCGAGCGGCUGCGGCGGCGGGGCGCGGAGCAGGCGGAGCAGCUGGCCGCCACGCAGCGGCACAGGGACGAGCUGCUGCAGGAGGUGGCGAGCCUGCAGAAGGCCUGGGCCCCGCUGCCCCGGCCGAGCUGCGCCACCUCGAGCACGAGGUCCGAGCACCUCGACCUCGGCGCCGACGCGCGGAGCGUCGGGCAGCACAGCGCCCACGACGACGGCGGCUUCAUGUUCGGCCUCGACGCCCGCCGGCCGACCGUCAUCACCAGGGAGCGGCUGGAGAAGCAGAAGAGGCGGGAGGCGAGGGAGAAGGAGAAGGCCCGUGCGAGGGUACAGGGCUUCCUCCUCGAGGGCGCGACCAGCGCCCCCAAGGCCCGCGACCACGAGCGCCACGGGCGGGACAAGGAGUCUCACCGCGAGGAGGGGGCCGCUGCCUCCAGGCCUCGCGACCGCGGCGAACGCGACCGCGACCGCGACCGCCGCGAGCGCGGCGGGGCCGCCGGGCCGCACGGCGAGGCGCAGAGGCCACCGCGCGAGCGGCACCGCCUCGUCGAGCCCCACGCCGAGGCCAAGGCCGACGCCGUGGGCACGUGGAGCAGCUUCGUCUGACGCCCCGGGGGCGGCUGGGACGGCUUGUGAGCCGCCGGCGGCGAGCCCCUCCGCGGCGUUUGUCAGGAGGGUGGAGGUCGGCUUCUGGGGGCGACGUUUGGGAGCGCCUGGCGCCGCCCUCCCACUCUUCUCCGCAAGGGCGGAGUGCUACGCUAUUCUCUUAUCUUCGAGGGACCCCCCUGGCUCCUGCUGGUGGUCCCUGGUGGUGAUGGUGGCGCUGUUUCUUGUUCCUCGUGUCUGGGCUGUCGCUCCCCCGCAGGCAGGGGCGCCCCGAUGUCUCACCGCCGGCCCGCACGGCUUGGCCGCACGGCCAGGCGGCCGAGGGAUCCGCCACCGGUGGGCUUCCGGGCGCGCCGCUGUGCGGGCCGCUGUACUUCUAAGCAGCGCCGCCCGGCGGGCCUCCCUCCGGGGGCCACGUGAGUCAGCGGAGGAAAAGGUGCCGCUGCCGCGGCCCUCCUCUCGUUGUCGCCGGC